ACACGAGCAAAUUCAAAUCAGCAGCAAUUUCCACUGACAAAGAUAGCAGGAAAUGUCGCACCUCAUUCUGAUAAAGUUCAAUUCUCACAAAUAUGAUGUGGUAUCUUUUGAAAAAAUCAGUUACCUACCAGUUGCCUGUACUUGAUGACCUCAGUGCAAAACAGUGGUUCAAUUCAAACUGAACCAAUAAUUUUUGGCAAAACUUUAUUUCACCCAAGAUUCGCGAUAAAGACCACGAAAGUUGGAAUGAAUCACUCGUCAGAGCUGUUCUGUGGCACAGCAUGGAACGAAACGCAAAUUUUCAUAAUAAAUCACAUAUACCGUUGGGUGAUGCUGGUACUGGUUUCGAUCGGAAUCCCUUUUAGCAUCUUAACGGUGAUAAUAUUCGCUAAGAACGUAUUCUCACCAUCAAAUAUCCUAUUCACGAGCUUAGCCAUAUCCGAUUUGAUUGUAUCACUCUUAGGAAUUCCUCGAAUAUGGAUCAGUAUUUGGCAUUAUAUCAUCGGCGAUUAUAAGCCAGAUAAAGGAUCCUACACAGAGAUCGAGAAGAUCGCAGAUUACUAUAUGGAUAUUGGUGCAAAAAUAUUCUACAAUAUAUCGUUAUAUCAUACGAUGAUGAUGGCUAUAUGGCGAUAUAUAGCCAUUACUCUUCCUUUAAAGGAACGAAUAUUUUGCAAUGUUAGGAUGACGCUGGCUGGAAUACUCACUGUUUAUAUGUUAUGCUUCUUUUACUUUGUGCCAGAUUUAUUACAAAUUCCUCCAGAAACAAAGCCUGGAAAUGAUCAAUUUGGCGGUUCGACUUUAUUUUACGAUCUGAUCUACAUAAUUGUACUGAAACUGAUACCAUGCACAAUUGUCACAGUUUGUACUAUGAAAUUUUUUCGAGUUCUACGAGAAUGGAAAGCCAGACGUAGAGAAAUGAUAUCAAACUUCAACAAGAGACUGGAAGAGAAGGAGAAACAAAUGAAUCGAACCACAAGAAUGGUACUCGGAAUGACGAUUUUUUUCUUGACUAAUAAUACUGCUUUGGCCAUGGGUAGGAUUUUGAUAUUGAUUUUUGGUCCGAAAUUCAAAAAAGAUUGCUUCCCGGCGAUCGUAUGCAUUAAUAGUAUCCUAGUUUUAAUUUAUACUGUAAUUCCUUUUGUUGUAUAUUAUGUUAGUAAUCAACAAUUUCGUGACAAUUUCAAGUCUUUGUUAUCAAAAUAAAACAAGAUGAAGCGAAUUAAAAUUAUGUAGGUAUUCCAUAAUGAAAAUGUACAAAACGGCAUGUUACAUUUUACAUGUAAGAAUAGAAGCGAGAAAGGAGACAGAAUGAAUUAGCGUUUCAUCAAAAGUACAAAGCAACAUUUUCGACAUAAUUGGCUUCAAGAAUAAAACAUACAACUGGUUCAGUUCGACUAUGGUAAUUUACAUGUAAAAUGAAAAUUGUUUCAAUAAAGUGAUUCAUUUUAUUUUCAA